AUGGAGGCUGAUUGGAAUGAAAUCGCUCGCAUCAAUCCUCCAGGCCCUUCGCCAAACAGCCCAUCAAGCCCAGUCACUACCUUUGCCUUCGACACUGACCAGGAAUUGUUGUGGACAGGGAACGAAUAUGGCCGGGUCACGUCCUUCUACGGCCUUGAAUUGCAAAGGUAUACUUCCUGGCGAGCACAUAUCAGUUCAUCGCCGCGCGGUGCGCCUGGGAAUGCUCCGGUCAAGCAAUUCUUGCUUUACGACAAAGGUGUCAUCUCGCUGUCAACCCGAAGUGUUCAUUGCUCGGCCAGACGAGGCUUGGCGCAAUGGCACAUAGUACUCCCGGACAUGGUGGACUUGCGGUGUAUGAGCUUCACGGGAAAGCUCUCUUCUACCAGUGAGAUUGUUGUGGCCGGCUGUCAGCAGCAGAUGUACCGGAUCGACGUGGAGAAGGGGACUGUCACUGAAACCAUGAAACCGGCUGCCAUGGUACCCUAUACGAUGAUGCGAAGAGCGAAUAACUACAUCUGUGCUGCAUCUCACGAUGGCUCUAUUCACUUACUGGAUCCUAAUACUCUGGCAGUCGUCCAAAAGUGGCAAGCUUACGCUGGUACGGUCAACGAUAUGGAUGCUAGAGGUGACCAUCUAUUGACCUGCGGCUGGGCACAUCAACAGUACGGUGGUCUCGGGCUCGAGCGACUAGUUCGUGUAUUUGAUCUCAAGCGUUUGCGACCAGCGGCACCUAUCUCAUUUCAACAGGGAGCGGCAUAUGUUCGAAUGCAUCCGAAGUUGUCUUCCACCUGUAUAGUACUCUCUGAGCAUGGCGCUAUCAACUCGAUCGAUGUUUUAAAUCAGGACGUACCUGUUAUGCGCUUCGCCAAUACUUUCGAAGCACAAUUGACUGGGUUACAAAUCAUGCCUUCUGGCAAGGGCUUCGCUAUGAGCGAUACUCACUGUCAAAUCGUGCUGUGGGGCUCGCAGUCCAAAGUACAGUACACAGAGUACAGUCGGCCAACAGAGUUUCCGGAUCCCGUCAUGCAAUCGAAACAUCUUGACUGGGCAGCCGAUCUACCCUCCAAUCUCAUCGGCAUGCCGUACUAUCGAGAGGCCCUUCUCUCUGGAUGGCCUAACAGUCUGGUCCAUGAAGUUGGAGCGCCUCCUGUGCGGCUUGAUCAAGCGAUACUCACGGCGCUUCGGAAGAGCGAUUAUGGGAUGGUGGGGCCGAACCCACGAAAGACGAAAAGAUACGAAGUCGAAGACACGCGUGCCUCGCAAAGAGUCCAGGAUGCGUUGGCAGCACCCAGGUUCUUGAGCGAAAAGCCGAGGGGUGAUAAUGGUGAUGGCGAGCCAGAGCGACGUUUGAGCGAGGAUAUAGGCAAAGUGCUUAGUAACCUGUCGAUGAAUGGAAGCUCGAAAGCAGAUAUGCUUGCUUACUAUCGUCCAGUGGAGAUCAAGUACAGUAAAUUUGGAGUUGACGAUUUCGACUUCCGGUACUUCAACAAGACCAAGUAUUCUGGACUCGAGACGCACAUCGUCAAUUCUUACGCAAACCCGCUGCUGCAGCUGUUCCGCUUCACCAGCACAGUGCGAAAUCUUGCUCUCCGACAUACAGCAAAAGAUUGUAGAUACGAAAGCUGCCUACUAUGUGAACUUGGCUUCUUGAUCGACAUGCUGGAGAAGGCCGAAGGGCAGAAUUGCCAAGCUACAAAUCUGCUCAAAGCGCUCAGCAAGCAGCCGGGUGCUGCUACUUUGGCUAUUCUCGAGGACCAUACCAUAAAUACGCCUCUGACCAUCAUGUUACAGAACUUGAAUCGGUUCUUGCUUGAACGGCUCGAAGACUGCGUCCGCAAGGUCACGUUCAGUACCAGUGAAUUGCAAGCAGCGCUUGGCACAAGAGGUAGCGCAUUCAGUCGCUGCACACACUGUGGGUACGAAGACGCGAAGGAACAGUCAUGGUACAGCCAUGACUUGAUGUACCCACCAAAGCCGACCAAGCACAGCCCACGCCCAGUGAGAUAUGCCUUUACACGGCUAUUGCAAGACUCUGUUCACCGUUAUGAUCAGCAACGAGGAUAUUGCAAUCGCUGUCAGGGCUACAAGGCCAUCACGUCUCGAAGGGUGGUGCAUGCUAUGCCGGCAGUGCUGAUGAUCAAUGCUGCUAUCCAUACGCCAGAAGCACGCCAACUGUGGGCAACACCAGGAUUCCUGCCUCAAGAGGUCGGCAUUAUCAAUGCGAACAGCCAGUUCUACUGCUAUGAGGGUCCGGAUCUGCAGCAUCAUCUACAACGCCGCAACCAUCCCAUAACAGUAUACGAGCUUGUCGGCUUCGUCGCAGAUGUGGCUGCAGGCGAAGCGCAAAAGCCGCAUCUUGUGUCGAUCGUGGAUGCUGGUAUAAGUAGCCCAGAUCCUUCUCGCACAGGGGACUGGCAUCUAGUCAACGACUUUCUCGUCCGACCAAUCGCGCAGGAAGAAGCGCUCGUCUUCGACCCCCGAUGGAAACUACCCUCUGUCCUCGCAUAUCAGACGAAACACCGAUCGCACGAAAUCGAUAACCUUUGGAAGGGCAGUAUCGACAAGAGUAUCUUAUACCGCAGUCUUGCGCAGCCGGCUUUCGACCCGUCAUACGAGUUCAAGACGUUGUCGGAUGCCGAUCCACUGCCUGGAGUACAAACACAUUGUGCUAUUGAUGCAGAAUUCGUCCGCUUGUUGCGAGAGGAGAUAGAUAUGGGUGCGGAUGGAUCACGCACGAUUACGCGACCGGCUCGCUCCGGUUUAGCUAGAGUUUCAGUCCUCCGUGGGAAUGAGCCGAACGCAGGAGUGCCGUUCGUGGACGACUACAUCGCCGUCGAGGAGCCGGUAGAUGACUACCUCACGCAAUACUCCGGCCUACAUGCUGGCGACCUGACAGCCGGCGUCAGCCAGUACACCUUGGUACCAUUGAAAGAAGUCUACAAGAAGCUCUGGGUCCUGCUGAACUUGGGCUGCACAUUCAUCGGGCACGGCCUGACGAGCGACUUCCGCACGAUCAAUAUUCACGUUCCUGAAGAACAAGUCAUAGACACUCAAGACCUCUUCUCCUUAGGCUACCGCAGCCAGCGCAAGCUGUCCCUACGCUUCCUAGCCUGGCUGCUGCUACACGAGGACAUACAGCAGAACGCCAUAGCAGGUCACGACAGCAUAGAAGACGCACGCACGGCUUACAAACUGUGGAGGAAAUACCUGGAAUACGUGGGCGAGGAUAUGCUUGAAGAUGUGAUAGAUGACAUAUGGCGGAAAGGGAGACCGCUGGGCUUCCAAGUCCCGGCUUCGAUGGAGAAGGAUGGAAGACGUUUACCGAUGGGACCAGAGACGCCGAGGUCGAGUGCGCCUGGUACGCCGAGUAGGACUCCGGCGACGAUGGCGAGGACGACGCCUGGGAGGUUGGAAUCUGGUAAUCCGUUGCCCCUAAAGUAG